AUGUACCGAAGGGUUUGUAUUCCGAAAUUGGGCUUGAGAUGGGCUUCCACUGGCAUGCGGAACAUCGCCGCACCUUCUAAACGGCCUCUGUACGAUAGUCGGUACGUGCUGCCUAUGGUUCUAUUGGUUUUAGUUGGCUCCAUUGCAGCCAAUCGAAUGGACACCGAGAGACGGAUAUCUGACAUGCAGCAGCCAUAUUAUGCGAAGAUUCGAAUUUUGGAGCUACUGCUGGCGAGGGCUAGGGCAGGCGACACUGCCUUCGACAUGUCAUCGGAACUGGAAAUAGUGGAUCGAGUGCUGGAGCGCCACAAGGAAAGGAGUGGACGGUCAAACAAAUGCGCUAGACGAGCUGUCGAUGAGAAGCCCGUAGUUCAAGAAGAGGAAUCUUUGGACGUUUUGCUGAACUCGAUUAUGCGCGAUCUGGACAGCCCUGUGGCCGAUGCGCCGGCAGCUUCUGAGCCAGCCGCAUAUGAUGGAACUAUAGUCACAGAUCGGGAAGUCCUGGCUCGUGAGGCAUUGCGAGAAAAGGAGAGUGCGGAUUUCCGGGCCGACUCCGGGCCACGGGUAAUUGUUCAGACACCGGGAGAGUAUGUGGCGGCAGCUGAAGACACGGAUGUGCCCAGGUUCCUGUAA